AGGUCGCGGCGCAGUGCAUCCUGGGUUGGCGUAGCCAUGGCGGCUCGUGUCCUUUCUGCCUGUGUCCGCCGCCUGCCCGCGGCCUUUGUGCCCAAGCUCCGGCUUCCCACACUGGCCUUGGCCCGGCCGCUCAGCACCACUCUCUGCCCUGAGGGAACCCGGAGAAGGCCCGGGACUCUGCAGCCCUCCUUGGCGCUCACGCAGGUGCCUGGAAGGGUCACACACUUGUGCCGUCAGUACAGUGACGCACCCCCUUUGACGUUAGAGGGAAUCAAGGACCGAGUGCUGUAUGUCUUGAAACUCUACGACAAGAUUGACCCAGAAAAGCUCUCAGUAAAUUCUCAUUUUAUGAAGGACCUGGGCUUAGACAGUUUGGACCAAGUGGAGAUUAUUAUGGCCAUGGAAGACGAAUUUGGGUUUGAAAUUCCUGACAUAGAUGCAGAGAAGUUAAUGUGUCCACAAGAAAUUGUAGACUACAUUGCAGAUAAGAAGGACGUAUAUGAAUAAAGUAUCAGAGCCUUCUUCCUCACCAGGAGGACUCCGAGAACACCUGAUGGCAUCAUGGCUGACUGACAGCGGUUCUGUUGGACUUGUAUUUAAAUUGUCUUGAGUGUUUUACCCUUUAAAAAUAAAUCUAUUAUAAAACUAA